AACUGUUUUCUUGUGUUAGUCCUCUAGGCAUUGUUCACACUAGAUAUAAUCCGAAAAAGAUGUUUAAAAAUUGCUAUUGUAAUGAUUUAAAUUUGUAGAUGUAAAAUCGGGGCACCGAAUUUAUAAAAUUAUGAAACUAAACUAAUAAACUUAAUAUCUUUCCGUUUUCCCCUUUUCGAUAAAUGUUCUUACGAAUACAUGAAGUAAAAAGUAUAUAUGCUCCACUGUAUGAAGCGAAUGUGUUUAGAUCAUUCACAUUCGCUUUACGGCAAAUUUAAUUUUGUAGUACAGAAUUUGCUCAAGAUCAAUAACGGUACUGAGAUUUGUAAUCGAAUUGUUUAUAGAAACUUGCAGGCUUCAUUUUCAAAAAACAGAUUCAAUGGAGGGCUAUAAGCACAUACAGGCUUUGCCGAAUUCUCCUUUGACUCCUCUAACACCGUUAAAUGAAAAUACUCAAUUUGAUUUCAAUUUGGGCGGUGAUGGCUCAUUGGAUCAUCACAUUGAGAACGUUCGUUUGGGAUUUCGUAAGGAAAAGCAACACAAACAUCGUCAAGUAGAACAAGUCAGCUCGAGGAGGGUCUUAAAGGCAAAGGACGGCUGUGAAAUCUUAAAUAAACGUGGAGCGCAAAAGGCACAGCAACAAUACUAUCCGCAGCAAGGAGCAGGAAUUCAGAUAAAAAUUACGGAAGAUAAAACGGUUCAUCAAAGCUAUGUAACUACGCCCACACAUGCACGGCCCCCAUUGCGCCCAGUUAAUCGUAAUAUUAUGCCGGACUUACAAAAUAAGUUUGGCUACCAACACAAGCAUCAAGAACAACAACAAAAACGAGGAAAAGUACAUUAUCUUCGUCCGGCCUCUCCCGUGGCUACAAAGGCUUUAUCGCCUCGCAUGGAAUGCGUUUUAAAGCAGAAAAAUCUCAUGGGCUAUUACGAUUUGUUUCAACGAGAAGAGCUUGACAUCUUCGCUUUUCUUCUAUUGCAACCCAACGACUUACGUUGCAUGGGAAUUAGUAAUGAUAAUCACAUUGCUAUGAUUAUGAAGGCCAGAGAAUUCGCCCGGAAACAUUUUAAUUAAUUUUUAAUUUAUUUGGGUUA